AUGGCCGAAGAAGAAGAAGCUGCAAUGGAGGAUCAAUGGAUUGGUGCGAUGGAAGAAUCAUGGAGUCACAUGUCGAAAGCCAGAGAUUUUCUCAAGACUGAAACCUGCAAAGAAGUAGCGGUGCUUAUCGACGCACUCUUCAAGAAUCAAGAAAGCAGCGAAUACAAAUCGGCGCGUGCAGUGUACGAAUGCUGCGUCGCUAACUUCCCAGAGUUCUUGACCCUAAAGCUUCUCAAGGUGCAUCGAAGCUGUUCCACCAGUAGCCUCCUCAGGUUCAGGACGAUCUAUCUUCUCUCGCAAGCUAUCACCGAGUUCAGAAACCGCAACUUCCACUUCUCUCUCCCCCUUCUCCGUGACGCCAAGCCUCUCGUGAUUUCUUGCUUGGAGAUGAAAGAAUCUGAUUGCAAGAUCCUCCGGAGAAUCGUAUCUUUCGUGGCUUACAAUGUUGCUAUGUUAGAUGAUGGAGGGUGGGAGGAGCUCAAUGGUUGUAUCCUCAAGCUUCCUCCUCGCAGAGCUUUUCAUGUCUUUCUCGAUGUGCCUGCAGUCUCCGAUAACUUCAUCAACCUUCAAGUUAUGAAGAGAGUUUUGAAUGAAGCCGAGAGAGUGUUGCUUAAGCCUGAGAAAGUUAGAGUCCAAGAUUGGGUCUUGGCUCUUGAAACUGUUAUUAAAAUUGGGGUUCAUGUCGUGGAUUCUAAGACGAAAUCGAGCUUGAUCAAGCGUGUGCGAAGCAGUGUUCUGAAGUCAGCAAAGGAUGUGGUGAAGAAAGGAAAGGGAGAGUUUGUUGACAGAGUGUUUGAAGAUCUCAAGAUGUUCCUUGCACGAGACGGCAACCUUUGUAAAUACAAUAAGCACCAACGCACUUUUGUAGCGGAUUUAGCACUCAAGAUUGCUUCUUGCCGCCACAAAUCUAAAAAAGACAGAGACAAGGUAAAGAGUGAGAUUUCGCGUGUGCUUAGAAAACCCAACAAGUAUUGUCAUGAUGAUGAUGAUGAUGAUCAAAUAGCAGGGUUUGAGGUUGAUUGGUGUAACCAUUUGGCCACCUUAUCAGCACUUGAAGUCUUAACAGUCUUUGCGGAAACUGAUCUCGAAGAGAGGUCCAGAGAAUUGGCUAUCAGAAGGCUAAACAUCUUGCUCUCUCAUCACACUAUCAACAAGGGAAUGAUAGACAUUUCAGUGAUGAGACAACUCCAGCCACUGCUCAUCUCUUGCCUUAAGGAACACCGACUCUCAGUCUCAGACAGCAUGUUCAAACUCCUAGGUGAAGUGGUGUUUCACGUUGCUAAUGAAGUGUUAAGCAACCAAGAAGACACCACAUGGUUCCAUCUAUGGGACUAUAUUGCAUCACAAUGCAAAACACAGUUCGAGAAAGCAGUCUAUAUCUUCCAGUCUCUUACAAUGGAGCUUGAUGAUAUGGAUAUAUUGAUUCCUGUGAUUGAUAAUCUUCUCCCUGAGAUUAACACAAGGCUAAACCCACCGAUACAACUGCUUCUGGUAGAAGAUAAUACUUGCUGGGUCUUGGCGUUUGUGGGUGCUUUUUGUGCAGCUAUUCGCUUGGUGGAGGUCACAAGUCAUGCUGAUUCUGUUAAGGAGAUUACAUAUAAGAUGAUAGGUUCAGUGAGGGAGCUUGUGGAAAGAGGAGGAAGGGAAGUUGGGGUUGUGAGGAGAGCUUUCAGAGAUUUGGAAAAAGUUGUCAAGAAACAGGUGAAAUGGUACAGUACGAGCGACUACUUAUUCGUCAAGGGUCUGCUUUCUAGGCUCUAUGCAAUCAAAGCCAUGAAAAUGGAAAGCAGGAUGGUGUUGUGGAGAAUCAAUGUGAUCCUGAAUAGGGGAGUGCAUGAUGGUCUUAAAGAGAUCCCAAAGAGCGACCUUGAUUGGCUGACCAAACAUGAUCAGGAGGCUUAG